GGCUAUGCAUGUCUUUCAGCGAUUGCACGUCAUUGGCAUCGGCUUUUGAGUCACACAGGAUAGCAAAUAAGGUCAAAGGACAUUUCCAUGUCCUCCUCGGUCUGGAGGAAAGAUGGACAACACGGGCUACUGCGGCGAGAGCUUCAACAGCCUGCAGAGCGGAACCAGCGAUGAGGACCUGGUGGAGAUCGCAGGAGCCACGCUUGACUUCUCCAGCACAGACGACAUGCCUCCUCUGGACCGUGACUACGGCUCAGGUGGUUCUUAUGGAGCUGGAGAGGGGCCCAAUGGCAUUCCUAAACUGAUGGAUCUGCUUGAUGAGCCGGUCCCUGGAGUCGGCACAUAUGAGGACUUCAACACUAUUGAUUGGGUCCGCGAGAAAUCUAAAGACAGGGAUCGCCACCGAGAGAUCGCCAUCAAGAGUAAAGAGUCGACCUGGGCUCUGCUGAAAAGAAUCAGUGAUGCCUUCUCCGGCUGGCUCCUCAUGCUGCUCGUCGGACUGAUGUCAGGUGCUCUGGCGGGUGGGAUCGACAUCUCUGCCCACUGGAUGACGGAUCUGAAGGAGGGAGUGUGUCUGAACGGCUUCUGGUUUAACCAUGAGCACUGCUGCUGGAACUCCAAUGAGACAACCUUCCAGGAAAGGGACAAAUGCCCCAAAUGGAAAAGCUGGGCAGAGCUCAUUGUGGGCACCAAUAGUGGCCCUUUUGCCUACAUAAUGAAUUACCUGAUGUACGUGUCCUGGGCCCUGCUUUUCUCUUUCCUGGCUGUGUCUUUAGUCAGGGCGUUUGCUCCAUAUGCAUGUGGCUCUGGAAUACCUGAGAUCAAGACCAUCCUGAGCGGGUUUAUCAUCAGGGGAUACCUGGGUAAAUGGACUCUCAUGAUUAAAACCAUCACCCUGGUGCUGGCCGUGUCAUCUGGACUCAGUCUGGGCAAAGAAGGGCCUCUGGUUCAUGUGGCCUGCUGCUGUGCCAACAUCUUAUGUCAUCUCUUCACCAAAUACCGCAGGAACGAGGCGAAGAGACGAGAGGUAUUGUCUGCCGCAGCAGCUGUUGGUGUGUCUGUAGCUUUUGGUGCACCGAUCGGUGGAGUUCUCUUCAGUCUGGAAGAGGUGAGUUAUUAUUUCCCCCUGAAGACUCUGUGGCGCUCUUUCUUUGCGGCACUGGUGGCAGCCUUCACCCUUCGCUCCAUCAACCCGUUUGGUAACAGCAGGCUGGUGCUCUUCUAUGUGGAGUUUCACUCCCCCUGGCAUUUGCUGGAGCUCAUACCGUUCAUCCUGCUGGGUAUUUUCGGGGGGAUCUGGGGUGCGUUCUUUAUUCGAGCCAACAUUUGGUGGUGUCGGCGACGUAAGACCACUCGUCUGGGCCACUACCCUGUGCUGGAGGUGUUGGUUGUGACAGCGGUCACAGCUGUGUUGGCGUUUCCCAACAGCUACACACGCAUGAGCACCAGUGAGCUGAUCUCAGAGCUGUUCAAUGACUGCGGCCUGCUGGAUUCCUCACAGCUCUGCAACUACUCCAAUGUGAGCGUCACCAAGAGCAGCAGCGACGCUCUGCCGGACAGACCUGCGGGACCUGAUGUCUACACCGCCAUGUGGCAGCUCUCGCUCGCACUCAUCUUCAAGAUGCUCAUCACUGUGGUCACCUUCGGCAUGAAGUUGCCCUCUGGUCUCUUCAUCCCCAGUAUGGCAGUGGGAGCAAUCGCAGGCAGGCUGCUUGGUGUGGGCAUGGAACAGUUGGCAUAUUACCACCAUGACUGGGUGAUCUUCAGAGGCUGGUGCUCACCUGGAGCAGACUGCAUCACCCCUGGCCUAUAUGCAAUGGUGGGCGCCACUGCCUGCUUGGGCGGAGUGACCCGUAUGACCGUCUCGCUGGUGGUCAUCAUGUUUGAGCUAACAGGUGGUCUGGAAUACAUCGUGCCUCUCAUGGCUGCAACCAUGACCAGUAAAUGGGUGGCAGAUGCUCUGGGUCGAGAGGGCAUCUACGAGGCCCAUAUCCGUCUCAAUGGUUACCCCUUCCUGGAGUCGAAGGAGGAAUUUAGCCACAAAACGCUAGCUAUGGAUGUGAUGCGACCCCGCCGGAGCGACCCGCCACUGUCUGUGAUCACGCAGGAUGGCAUGAAUGUGGAGGAAGUGGAGUCGCUCAUUGCUGAAACAUCAUACAGCGGUUUUCCUGUGGUGGUCUCGCAUGAGUCUCAAAGACUUGUGGGCUUUGUGCAGCGCAGGGAUCUGGUCAUCUCUAUUGAUAAUGCUCGCCAGCGUCAGGAAGGUGUCGUUAGCGCCUCCCGAAUCUUCUUCACAGAGUACACACCACCACAGCCACCCAACAGCCCUCCGCCAUUGAAGCUCCGCGGCAUCAUGGAUCUCAGCCCGUUCACCGUUACAGACCACACCGCCAUGGAUAUCGUGGUGGACAUUUUCCGAAAGCUGGGCCUGCGCCAGUGUCUCGUCACUCACAACGGGCGUUUACUGGGCAUCAUCACCAAAAAGGACAUUCUGAAACACAUGGCCCAGAUGGCCAACCGAGACCCAGACUCUAUUCUCUUCAACUGAAGUGCCAGCCAGUUUGAAAGCAGAAAACAGCAGUCUGGCCAAAAUGUUUUGCACUACAGAACUGUCAGUACUGGAUUAGCAUCCAUUCACACUGUGAAAUCUAUUUGUAGAGUCUCAUUGGUGCAGGCGCUGCGACCGCAGGAUGGAGAACCUUCUAUGCACUCCAGCAAACCGCUGAGAAUGACUGAGUGCAAGCAAGUCUGUUUGCAGGUAACAUAUCAAUGCAUCAAAACAUAUCACAAUAUAUACAUAACACUCUGUAGCAUAAAUUCACCCGCCAGGAUCGCAUCUCUCAAAUCUAAAAUGCCUCUGGAAAGAAAAAGACAUCCUUUAGCCGUUUUUAGAGAAGGAUUUCCCAAGAGUCCUCCUUCUGCUUUCCACUACGCCACGGAUGUUAAAUAUAAGUUAUUAAAUGUGCAUUUCCAGGUAUUUAUUCUUUUUUUUACAGUUUGAAUGAGCGCUUACAAGUAUUCCAGCAUCUAAAAGCUCUAAAGGUUUCUGUGUUUUGCUCGAGUCUUAACAUUUUUACGAGCCUGAUGAUUUACAGUUUCCUUAUUUUGUUGAGCUUCACUACAUUUCCACACUUUAUAAUCAGUGCUAAUCUGAACUGUGUAGUUUCAGCCAAGAGAUGAGGCCGUAAAAGCUCUGUAAACGUUUUCACGUCACAUGCACUAUUUUUAAAAUUACAGC